CCGACGCAGGUUUUGAGUUUUUCAGCGCGACCCAGGAAAAGUAGAUUGUUCCCAUUUAAUGAUGGAAACCGACGCCGGUGUCAGUUUGAUGAUCAUGUAUGAGGACGAGUCGGUGGAUGUUCGCUACGUAAACGGAUCCCAGUUGCAACUGUCGCCGUGCGGCUGUGAAUUCCUGCUGGUGAAAGCCACGGACCCCUCCGGCCAUCCUCUGCAGCCUAGGGAGAGGGUCCGACAGAGGACGAGGUUCACCAUCAGCACAUACAAGGAGUUGAUGGUAGCUGCAUUGGCUUUUAGGAACAAACAUGCAAGUCAACCAUAUCUGCCAGAGGAACUCAUCCCUGCUGAACACAGGAAGCCUUUUUUCAGCAUUGACUCAGACGUGCAGUGGCCUGAGCGGUCUUCCUGUGAAGCAGAGCUCAGGCCUGGUGGUGAGACCAUCAUCAGAUCUGAGGAGGGCCGAGCUGCGCUGAUGCUCUCGCCAUCAGGUGAAGAAUUCUCCGUUGAGUUCACGUGCAGCCUCAGUCAGACUCAGAAUCAGCAAAGCAGCGUGCAGUGUUCCAGCAGAGAUCCUGAUGGUGGGCCGGGCAGUCAGCAGCAGGUAAACAAUCUCAUCCGUCAGACCACCAAUAACGAGACCAAAGAGGUUCAUCAGGGAAGAGAAAGAUGGAAUGAGUCGACUAGAUCAAGGUCUUGUUCUCCUCGGAUUACCAGCACUUCUCAGCCAAAGCCAGGGGAGAUGUACCAAUCCACCACAGUGGUCCAGCAUCACUCCUGCUUUGCUUACGCCCCCAUGUGGUCUUACCCUCUCUCCUUGGCUCGUCAUCACUGGACGGCUUGUUUCUCUAAACUUAAAGCUGUCGGACCCGAGGGAACUGGUGAUUCUGCCCAGGCGGGCAGGAGAAUAAAUAUGUCUGACAUAUUUAGUGAAGAGAGAAGGUCUCACCUACCUGAGGCGCUACCUCUCACGUGUCCAUCACCUCACAGGCACAGGUGGAAGAGUAAAGACCCCCUGACCAAAAAAGAACAGUCAGAUCAAGACCUUGCAACAGAGCUGGUGAAAGUGAUGUGGUGUCAAGGAGUCACUUACAGGAUACUGAACGGAGCAGUCUCAGUCAUAGAGGUUUCCCCAGGAGACGGUUCAGUGAUCCGGUCUAACGGAGUCCUUAGCACUUAUUUUACCCAUCACCAACGUGAGCUCCAGUCAGGGCGGGUGAAAGAGCUAUCAUACCAUCUGAACAGCCUUCCACCGGAUGUAUGCGGACAGGUUUACUCUAUAUGCUCUAUUGUGAGUCGUGCAAGCAGGAUCCUCACUUGCUACGACCAGACGAAGCAAUCGCUGAAGCUCCCUGCCACACCCAGCUGCUUGCAAGAAGCCAAAGAAGGCAGAUGUUUUUCUAAACCACCGAUGCUUGAGGAAUAUCUGUCCAAUCCUGCACCUGUCGAGCAUCACAUGACAGUAGAAAGUUGGUCAGAUCUUGUAGCUGCGGAACUGGAGAAGAUAAAACGGUUCAACUUUCUUCUGGAGAACAGCCAACUCAAAAGAAGUGAGAAACGGUGGGCGGAGCUGCAACAUAGUUCUGCAGAAGAGGAGACUCAUGAACCAGUGGAUGAGAGCUCCAUUGCUGAGGCUCUUCAGAGGACAUCCAGAGCCAUACAGGACAUUGAUGCUCUCAUUUCUGCAACCACACUCACUUGAAAGAGUGAUACGAGAUAUGAGCUUGACUGUAAAAAUGUAAAUCGGGUUUACC